GUCCCAAAAAAAGCCACCCGUGUCUUUUCCAUGUGUUAAAGAUCAGGACUGUCUGUCUGUCUGUCUGUCUGUCUGUCAGGACGAUACGUCCGUCCUUCACAUUUCAACCUAGAGUUGAAACGCUGCAAGCAUGGGGAAAGGGAGUGGUGCUGAAAAUGGAGAAGGGAAGAAGAAGAAGAAGGAGAAGGAACUGGAUGAGCUCAAGAAGGAGGUGUCCAUGGAUGAUCACAAGAUAUCAUUGGACGAUCUGGGAAGACGCUACGGAGUCGACCUGACUCGGGGUCUGACCAAUGCCAAGGCUCUGGAGGUGCUGGCCAGGGAGGGGCCCAAUGUGUUGACUCCUCCUCCCACCACCCCAGAGUGGGUGAAGUUCUGCCGCCAGCUGUUCGGGGGUUUCUCCUUGCUCCUCUGGAUCGGUGCCAUCCUCUGCUUCCUGGCCUACAGCAUCCAGGUGGCCACAGAGGACGAGCCAGCCAAUGACAACUUGUACCUGGGUGUGGUCUUGUCAGCUGUGGUCAUCAUAACUGGCUGUUUCUCCUACUACCAAGAGGCCAAGAGCUCCCGCAUCAUGGACUCCUUCAAGAACAUGGUUCCUCAGCAAGCCCUGGUGAUCAGGGAAGGAGAGAAGAUGACGAUCAAUGCAGAGCUAGUGGUGAGGGGAGACCUGGUGGAGAUCAAAGGAGGAGACAGGAUCCCUGCCGACCUCCGAGUCGUCUCAGCCGCGGGCUGCAAGGUGGAUAACUCCUCUCUGACUGGAGAAUCAGAGCCUCAGACACGCACACCGGAGUUCACCCAUGAGAACCCCCUGGAGACUCGAAACAUCGCCUUCUUCUCAACCAACUGUGUGGAGGGUACAGCCCAUGGUGUAGUAGUAGGGACUGGAGACCAUACAGUGAUGGGUCGUAUUGCCACCCUGGCCUCUGGGCUGGAGACGGGCCAAACUCCCAUCAACAUGGAGAUUGAACACUUCAUUCAACUGAUCACGGCCGUGGCUGUAUUCCUGGGGGUCAGCUUCUUCAUCCUGGCCAUCAUCCUGGGGUACACCUGGCUGGAGGCCGUCAUCUUCCUCAUUGGCAUCAUCGUCGCCAACGUCCCCGAGGGCCUGCUGGCCACAGUCACUGUAUGUCUCACCCUCACUGCCAAGCGUAUGGCCAAGAAGAACUGUCUGGUCAAGAAUCUGGAAGCUGUGGAGACCCUGGGUUCUACCUCUACCAUCUGUUCCGACAAGACAGGCACUCUGACCCAGAACCGCAUGACCGUGGCCCACAUGUGGUUCGACAACAUGAUCCAUGAGGCCGACACUACGGAGGACCAGUCUGGUGCUACCUUUGAUAAGAGCUCGGCUACAUGGCAUGCUCUGUCCCGCGUGGCUGGACUCUGUAACCGUGCUGAGUUCAAAGCUGGGCAGGAAAACUUCCCCAUUCUGAAGAGGGACACUGCGGGCGAUGCGUCGGAAUCUGCUCUGUUGAAAUGUAUUGAGCUCUCCUGUGGGUGUGUCCGCUCCAUGAGAGAAAGAAACACCAAAGUGGGAGAGAUACCCUUCAACUCGACCAACAAGUACCAGCUUUCCAUUCAUGAACAAGAGGACAAUGAAAAUGGCCACCUACUCGUUAUGAAGGGAGCACCUGAAAGAAUAUUGGACCGGUGUAGCACCAUCUUGAUCCACGGCCAGGAGGUUCCAAUGGACGCCAACUGGAACGAAGCUUUCCAAAGUGCCUAUAUGGAGCUGGGAGGGCUGGGAGAGAGAGUUCUAGGGUUCUGCCACUUGCCACUGUCUCCGGCCCAGUUCCCUCGGGGCUUCUCCUUUGACUGUGAGGAAGUCAACUUCCCUAUAAAAGGGUUGUGCUUUGUUGGUCUCAUGUCCAUGAUCGACCCUCCUCGCGCCGCCGUCCCCGACGCUGUGGGGAAAUGCCGCUCCGCAGGGAUUAAGGUCAUCAUGGUGACUGGCGACCAUCCCAUCACUGCCAAAGCCAUCGCUAAAGGCGUGGGCAUCAUCUCCGAGGGCAACGAGACUGUGGAGGACAUCGCUGAAAGACUGAAUAUUCCCCUGAGUCAAGUCAACCCCAGGGAUGCCAAGGCCUGUGUGGUGCAUGGAGGGGACCUGAAGGACAUGAGCGCAGAGUACCUGGAUGACCUACUCAGGAACCACACGGAGAUAGUGUUCGCCCGCACAUCACCUCAGCAGAAACUCAUCAUCGUAGAGGGCUGCCAGAGAACGGGGGCAAUCGUGGCGGUUACUGGGGACGGAGUGAACGACUCGCCUGCCCUGAAGAAGGCUGACAUUGGGGUUGCUAUGGGGAUUGCAGGGUCUGACGUCUCCAAGCAGGCUGCAGACAUGAUCCUCCUGGAUGACAAUUUUGCAUCUAUUGUCACAGGAGUGGAGGAAGGUCGUCUGAUCUUUGAUAACUUGAAGAAGUCUAUCGCCUACACACUGACAAGUAACAUUCCAGAGAUCAGCCCCUUCCUCCUCUUCAUCAUUGCCAGCAUUCCCCUGCCCCUGGGCACCGUCACCAUCCUCUGUAUCGACUUGGGCACAGACAUGGUUCCUGCUAUCUCAUUGGCCUAUGAGACGGCUGAGAGUGACAUUAUGAAGCGUCAGCCCAGGUGCCCAAAGACAGACAAGCUGGUGAACGACAGACUGAUCAGCAUGGCCUACGGACAGAUAGGUAUGAUUCAGGCUCUGGCUGGUUUUUUCACCUACUUUGUGAUCCUGGCUGAGAAUGGCUUCUGGCCAGAGACCCUGCUGGGCAUCCGUCUGAAAUGGGACGACCGUGCUAACAACGAGGUGGAGGACAGCUAUGGACAGCAAUGGACCUACGAGCAACGGAAGAUCAUUGAGUUCACGUGUCACACCUCGUUCUUUGUGAGCAUCGUGGUGGUGCAGUGGGCCGAUGUGAUUAUCUGCAAGACCAGGAGGAACUCUGUCUUUCAGCAGGGCAUGAAGAAUCGGAUCCUGAUCUUCGGCCUGUUUGCUGAGACAGCUUUGGCUGCAUUUUUAUCCUACUGCCCAGGAAUGGACAUCGCCCUCCGCAUGUAUCCCCUGAAGGUCUCCUGGUGGUUCUGUGCCCUCCCCUACAGUCUUCUCAUCUUCAUCUACGAUGAGGUCCGCAAGCUCAUCAUCAGGAGGUAUCCUGGAGGUUGGGUGGAACUGGAGACAUAUUACUAACCUUCAGAAAAGUAUUAUUGUGAGUCUGAAUUUCUGUGAGUCUGUGUGUAUGUGAAUGAGUGAGUACGUGUGUAUGCAAGGUCUCGCUAAGCAAAGAACAGCAAAACUACCUUACAAUUUGCAUUUUGUCUUUGAAAAUAACAAACAAGCUUACAUAAUCAGCCUACAUUACCACUGGAAAUCAGCCUACAUUACCACUGGAAAUCAGCCUAUAUUAACACUGUAAAUGCUGCUAGUGUGUGUGUGUGUGUGUGUGUGUGUGUGUGUGUGUGUGUGUGUGUGUGUGUGUGUGUGUGUGCGUGCGUGCGUGUACACUAAGUGUACAAAACAUUAGAAACACCUUCCUAAUAUUGAGUUGCACCCCCUUUUGCCCUCAGUACAGCCUCAAUUAUUCAGGGCAUGGACUCUACAAGGUGUCAAAAGUGUUCCACGGGGAUGCUGGCCCAUGUUGACUCCAAUGCUUCCCACAGUUGUGUCAAGUUGGCUGGAUGUCCUUUGGGUGGUGGAACAUUCUUGAUGCACACGGGAAACUGUUGAGCGUGAAAACCCCAGCAGCGUUGCAGUUCUUGACACAAACCGGCACCUACUACCAUACCUUGUUUAAAGGCACUUAAAUGAUUUGUCUUGUCCAUUCACCCUCAAUGGCACACAUACACAAUCCAUGUCUCAAAUGUCUCAAGGCUUAACAAUCGUUCUUUAACCUGUCUCCUCACCUUCAUCUACACUGAUUGAAGUCAAUUUAACAAGUGACAUUAAUAAGGGAUCAUAGCUUUAACAUGGAUUCACCUGGUCAUUCUAUGUCAUGGAAAGAGCAGGUGUUCAUUAUGUUUUGUAUACUCAGAGUAUGUGUGUUUUUACAUUAUGUGUGUGUGCUUUGUGUUUGUCCGUCAGACAAUUGGUCUGUUAUUGCAAGGAGCAGUACACCAUUCUGGUUAUCAUAGAGAAUACUGUUGCAAAGAAAGCCUGUAAUUGUGAUUGAUAUUACUGAGUUUUGACAAUAACUACACUGGAAGGACUUUCCAAAACCCAAAUGUCAAACAAACAAGAUGUUGCAAAACGGCUGUAGCAUAAAAAUGCACCCUAAAUCGUUUUUUUGCUUCACCAAAUAAAAUGUACUUCAAAAGCAAAACAUGAAUUGCAUCAAUCAUCAGUCCUGAAGGCUAGGGCUCCGUUCCAAAUGGCACCCUAUCCCAUACACAGUGCACUAAUUUUUACCAGAGCCAUAUGGGCACUGGUCAAACGUAGUGCCCUAUACAGGGAAUAUAGGGUACCAUUGGGACACACAAAAUGAGAGAUGAGGUGUUGUGUGAAAAUAAAUUGCUCUGAAAUGUGUCUCGAUAUGAAAUAAAGUUAAUCUGAACAAAG